AUGAGGUUUGAGAGGCUGCUGCAGCAAAGGAGCGCCUGCAGCAGCUGCUGCUGCAGCAGCAGCUGCAGCAGCAGCAGCAGCAGCAAGUACUUCGGCGUCUGGAGGCGUCACUUCGCUGGGGGCGCUACGAGGCCUCGAUCCAUUGAGGCUUCUUUCGGUGAGGAUACCGCAGCAGCAGCAGCAGCUGCUGCUGCUGCUGCUGCUGCAGCACCAGAAGGAGCAGCGACAGGAGACUCAGAGACCCUGCUGCUGCGCUGCAGCGAGCAACCCAAUUACCACCUGUUUGCUUCGGCCUCCGUUAUCUCUAGACUGCAGCACGUGUGGCAGCGGCGCAAAGCUGCUGCUGCUGCUGCUGCUGCAGAUGGAGCAACAGCAGCAGCAAAGCCAGCAGCAGCAAACUGUCUGGGGCUAAGAGUGCAGGUCUCAGGUGGAGGCUGCAGCGGCUACCGAUACUCUUUUGCGGUGGUAACCCUAGAAGAAGCAGAACGAGACGGAGAUCUGAUCUUCCGGUGGAGCCCUGACUCGACCAACAGCAGCAACAGCAGCAGCGGUGACAGCAGCAUGAGCAGCCGCAGCACAAGCAGCAGCAGCAGCAGCAGCAGCAGCAGCAGGAGUGAGUACGGUGGUUUUGAUUGGUUUGUGUGUUUGCAGCCGACUGCGCUGCAGUUGGUUGCUGCUGCAGAGGCUCUUGCAGAGGCAGGCGUGGCUGCUGCUGCUGCAGAGUGUGCUGCAGAGCUAGCUGCUGCUGCUACUGCAGAGGCUGCUGCAGAGGUGGCUGCUGCUGCUGCUGCAGAGGCUGCUGCAGAGGUGGCUGCUGCUGCUGCAGGGCGAUGCAGCGCAGCGCGAGGGCUCUCUAGGCCGUAA